GUCUUGACUGGCGCGCCUCCACACAUUCGGAAAUUGCAAUACAGAAAUUUCACUUUCGGUCGGGGUUUUAACUGGUAGUCUAUUGUUCCGUAUUGUGUGCAUAGUUGCGGCUUUCGUUAUUGUGUUAUGAGUGUUUAAUGGUUGAUACUUGUAGGAUUACCCUCGCAUUUUCGGAGUACCCUCUGGUCGUAAUUAAGUGUAUAUCUCAUAAGGAAUCUGGCAUGCACGUGAAAAAACCAGCACACACAGUAAAAUGGUAUUGGAGGAUUUGCGUCGAAAUUCCGACGAAAUUAUUAUCGAUCAGAGGGAGAUUAGCGAGAACAAUAACUGGAUAAUAACGGGGAUUAAAAACAUGCCCUUGAACUACGUCUACGACGAUAAUAAUUCAAGAUCGGUUGCUGCAAAAAUUUCGCGGACGGACAGUGCGCGAAACGGGGCGAAUUUGUUUUUUUUCCGAAAUCUGGUCGGUGAACUUUGCGACAUGGCGGUCGAUAGGGCGGAGGGUGCCACAGUAUUGACACGAGAUAAAGUAUCCGUGGAACAGAGGAACAACCGAGCAAAUAAUAGGAAGACUUCGAUAGUAAUCGUCGAAGAUUUGGAACCUCUGCCCGUAGAGUGUAGAAACAACUUCGUGAACGCGAGUGUCUUAAAACGAAGUGUUAGUGAACGCGUGAUUAGUGUUAAUCGCGCACCGGAUAUUCUGGACUUUUCCGAGAAGAAAACAAAAGAGAAACGGAAAAAGAAACUCUCGUUUAACAAUUUGUUCCAUAAGAAAGAAAGACACAAAAACAAGGAUGCGAAGUUCGAGGAGGACGCGGAAACGUACGACACGUUUUCCCAUCAACUUCCGGAGUUUAACGGCGGAACCCUGGGCAAGUCUAAGAAGUACGCUUCCGCUCUAGAACUAUCUCAGAAAUCUUCGAGUAAAUUGCAGAAGACUCAUUCGUUUAUAAAAAAAAUCGUACAUAUGGGCGAGGAUUCUUCGAACUUUUUGAAACGAUCGUUGAGUUUUCGAGAGGUGAGGAAAAAGGAGAAAGUGCCGUCGAGGGAAAAACUGACUGAGAUCAAAAAUCAAGAGUGGAGACAGUCACUGCAAUCUCUCGUCGAGAGCGACAACUGCGUCAGCUACAACGAUUUAAGUUUCAUAGACUACGACGCGCUUAAUCAGUUUAACUACACCGAGCCGGUGUUUCUGAAACCUGGAUUCACAGACGGGAAUCAGUAUAUCGGCAGGAGUCAAAGUUUAAGGGAAAAAAGAUCGCUCCAUCCAGUGAGAAACUUCCAGCGCCAUACAUCUGUUACGCCGGAAUGCAGAUUUAGUCUGGGCUCCAACUCAAGCAUAUCCAAAGAACCGUCCACGGUCUCACUUCCUAGUCUUCGACAUGAAUCUAAAGAAAAUGAGGAGAAAUUGUCGGGAAGCUGCUCGGCAUCUAUUUGCCGUCGUGGGCGACCACCGAGCUUUAAUGCUGACGAUUCACCGACAACCGGAAAUGUGUACGUAAACGAUGGUGUCGGCGGUGGGGUCGGCUACAAUAAGCUGAGGCGCCACAACGCUUGCAGACAAAAAGUCCGGCACCCCACCACAUACAUCGAGCCCAGGCAGAGGACAGACGAAUCCGACAGGGCGGUCCGCUCUAGAAGCCUCAAUCAUUUGGACUCCCUGGAGAUGCGCCAGGCGGUCGUCUCAACGGCCGAGGCGGCGCUCAAAGAUUCCAAGUCAGAGCCGGAUUGCACGCGUCCCCUGCUGCCACCCCCAGCAACUGCCAGCUCCGUCUUGCCUUCGGCGAGCGGUCUGCCGCACGGAGGUAGGGAGCCCCAAGAUGCCGGGGGCACGGCACAUGUAGACUUGCCCCCCGCCAGGAAACAUAUGUUGAGUCGGUCACAGAAAUCAAGCAGCGAAUGUUUCAGCGUGAAUUUUGAAGUGGGCGACGAAUCCACAUGGGACAAUGAGUUAUUUUUUCCGGCACAAAGGGGUGUCACCCUACACGAUUCCCUUUCGAAGUUGUGCGAACUUCGAAGCAUCGACUUAUCGACGUGCGACGCUAGACUUCAGGAUAAGGAGAAUAAUUCCGAAUCAUAUAUCCUGUUUACACAGGACACGGCCAGUUUAGUCGGCAGACACGUUAGAAUUACAGCCAAAGACUCAAGCAAUAAAAAGUAUUCUGGAUCGCUAAGCAGCAAUCAUUCCCGAAAGCAAUCGGCUAGUUAUCGUCCGCGUACCAGCAGUUUUUUCAAUUCAAGCACAGAAGAGCAGAAUACAGUAAGCUCAACACUAUCUCUCCACGAAGGUGAUCAAAGCAAAAGGCAGAUAAAACAACGCCUAACGGCAUUUUUUGGAAACAGUAAGGACACCAAGUACGAAGUUGUAAUAGACCAGUUGGACAGAUAUAGCAAACAAGGGAUACCGCAGAACGUAAAUUAUCCUCAAGGGCAAUGCGAAUCGGUCGACGCUUUGUACAAACUUGAAGAAGACUGGCGUGACAUUAUCACAGAUUAUGGGGAACUAAACGACAAACAACAGCAGCAGCAAACGGCGUUAUGGGAACUUAUCAAGACUGAAGUCGCCUAUAUCAAAACAUUGAAAGUAGUGACGGAUUUAUUUCUGGGUUGUCUUAGAGAUUUGCAAUCAAAAAAUCUAUUCAAAGAGAUCGACACGGAAAAACUAUUCUCGAACAUAACCGAAAUACUCGAUGCCAACGUGGUUUUCUGGAGGAACACCCUCUUUCCUCUGGUACGAGAUAUGAGGAAAUAUAAGAGGCCCGCCUGCCUCGAGAACAUGCUGGAGGGAUUUUCGAAAAUUCACGACACAUUUCAGCCAUAUUACAAAUACUGCGCGGAACAGUCCAGAUGUCAACAUUAUUGUAGAGAAAAUCUGGAAAGCGAAGUUUUCACGGCAUAUCUAACUUGGUGCGAAAGCCAAAAAGACUGCAAUAGAUUAAGACUGAUGGAUAUUUUAGUACAACCGAUGCAGAGGCUAACGAAAUACGGUCUGCUGCUUAAGGCGAUUUUGAAAAAUACCGAUGAGGACGUCGAACGAGAAGGAUUACAAACGAUGAUAAAAAUGGUCGACGAGUUCGUUAACAACGUGAACUCAAGUUUAAAACAUCGCCAAGACAAGGAGAGAUUAAAAGGAAUUAUAGCCCGGAUCGAAAGUUAUGACAUCGUGGAGUCUAAAGACGACGACAUCGACCGAAUACUGAAAAAGGAAAAGUCAUUCACUCAGCUCGACUUAACAAGACCGAUGCUCGGCUGUCCUCAGGAAAGAAAAAGACACCUACUACUCGAAGGUGACCUGAAAUUAAAGGAUAGCGGCACCUCAAAGGUGGAAGUGCAUUGUUUUCUGCUGACGGAUAUGCUGCUGAUUUGCAAACCGUCGACGAAAAAGGGAGGAGCAACAAUGCGGGUCAUAAGGCAACCGUACUUGGUCGACAAACUAGUAGUCACAGAAUUAAACAAAGAAACUCCAAGUUUGGCUGUGAUUUACAGGAACGAAUUCGAAAUGGCAGUCGCGGCGUUUAUUUUGCAGAGCAACGACGCCAAGAAAACCAAGGGUUGGAAAGAUGGAAUUGCGAAGGCACAGUAUCUCUACGCCCAAGCCAAACAGAUGAGCUACAUUACGGACGAAAGCUUAGAUGCCGAUUACAACUUAGAGUACAACAUCGAAAACGAUUUUCACAGUUUGCAGUUGGCGCCCAAGUCGCCUCUGGCUUCCUCUUCACGUGCCAGUCGAGUAUCUAGCCUAGCUCAUAGUCAUAGUGGUUCCGUCGAGAUGAACGAUCAGACCUCCAUCGGCUCUAUAAAGGACCAAUCGAAGGUGGUAUCGAUGGAAACCGAAAAUCGUACGGGAUCGAUAUCGAGCGACGAAGGCGUGCAAUCGCUUCCCGCAGAUAAAAGUCCGGUGUCGCAGAAGAACGCGUUAAAGAAUCGAUUGUUUCACAAAACCCCGAACACUCUCUCGGUUCAACCUUACGGAAGUUUGGGACAAAGCUUGCCGAAUUUAACGCUGCAUUCGCCGUCGGUCGGAAGCGGACUGAGUUUGAGUCUUAAUCAAAACACACUCUCGGUACCGAGCAGUAAAAAUGGUAGCCACCUGCUGAGUCCAACGCACAGAGGUAUAUCGUACCCGCCACCAAGCCCCACCAGGGGUAAUCUUCGGCGAAGUCUCGCUAUUUCCCAAAGCAAAAAUCCUCCGCUCAUCAAAACGAGACAAGUGAAUUCGGCGUCGAGUGUCAGCUCCAGCCAUCUGCCUGCCAGCUUUGAUUUCGACGUUCCGGUCAUAGCAGGAGGUCAAGGAAUAUUUUUAAGAAAGUACUGCCGCAAAAAUGCUGCAUUGACGAUCUGUCAGUUGCCAUGUUGAUUGUUGCAUACUGCAAGGUGUUCAAACAGAAGAAAAUUGUGAAUCCUUUAGUAGAGGCCAUCAUCGCCAGGCUAUGAAAAGGAAUCAUCGAUAUCAUACAGCGGGAAUAGUCGAUGAAAUUAAG